UAGUCGGCUCAAAGACCGGGGCCACAAAGCCCUAAUCUCUCUGAAAGUGGUUUAACUUUUAUCCUUGAUCUGCUCUUAAUUUAACAAUUAUUAUCUUUCUUAUCCAACAAUCUCAUUUCUAAAACCCCAUUGAUUUUUCACCGCACGAGGCUUAAUUUCACAAUCAAAAGACAAGCCCAUCUCCAGAUUUUAUGCGCGAACAGAGCUGCUUCAACUCUAACUUUUAACUCGUCUUCGUCUCUGAGACUGCGUGCUUCGCUUUGCUUAUAAUACUGGCCUCUUAAGAACGAUAUGGAUCGGUAUCAGAGAUUGGAGAAGCCGAAAGCUGAGACGCCUAUAAAUGAAAAUGAUAUUCGUAUAACCACUCAAGGAAGGAUGAGAAAUUAUAUUACUUAUGCCACCUCUCUCCUCCAGGAGAAAGGAUCCUGUGAAAUUGUUCUUAAAGCGAUGGGCAGAGCUAUCAAUAAAACUGUUAUGAUUGCUGAAUUAAUAAAGAGGCGGAUUCCUGGUCUACAUCAAAACACUUCAAUUGGAUCAACUGAUAUAACAGACAUGUGGGAGCCACUAGAAGAAGGACUUCUUCCACUAGAGACUACUCGCCAUGUAUCAGUGAUCACUAUCACAUUGUCAAAGAAGGAGCUCAAUACAUCAUCAACAGGAUACCAGCCUCCUCUUUCUGCUGAUCAAGUGAAACCAUGGAAUGAAUUUGAAGAUGAAGGAGAGGGUUCUCCAAAGACAAGAGGUAGGAGGCGUGGUGGUGGAGGAAGGGGCAGGGGUAGAGGAGAUUAUAAUGGUGAUGGUUGGGAUGGUGGUCCUGGCUUUGGCAGCAGAGGUCGAGGACGUGCAAGAGGUCGUUCUUCUCGGGGUAGAGGAUGGGCUUAUGGUGGUCAGUCAAGUGGAUCUUAUGAUUAUGGUGAAUACGAUGCACUGCCUCCACAAGGUCGUGGUAAAUUAAGGCGUGGUCGUAGGAGGGGAUGGGGUCGUGGGCAUGGUCGAAAUCGUGGGUCAGCAACAGCUGCAUAAGCGGGGAACUGUUGCUGAAGCAUGAAAGUAAGGUUUGGGGUCGAAAAAUGAUAAGUUGAUGCCUGCUGAAGUCUGGUGAUAUUUAUGGGCAUUGUCUUUCGUUUCAAAUUGUGAAGUUUUAGCAGCUAGUGGUGCUUGCGGCUAUUUUUUAAAUUAGAUUGUUGUGGCCUAGGAACAUUUUCUUAGUUAUUUAAUUUUGACAACUUUUUUAUAUAUCAAGUUAGAGGAUUGUACAAUUUUUUCUCCUUUGUUAAUAGUAAUAAUAGAGCAGUACAUUCUUUCA